GGCCAAUGCUUUGGGAUGUAAAAAACUGAAGGGUAGCUAUGGAGAUAGAGAGAGCAUUGCUGGCUGCUUCCUUUGACAGGUGUUGAGUAGGAAAAGUCUCAAACAAGCAUGUAUGCCAAAGGGAAAGGAUCCACUGUCCCUUCUGAUAGCCAGGCGAGGGAGAAAUUAGCUUUAUAUGUGUACGAGUAUUUACUACAUGUAGGAGCUCAGAAAUCUGCACAGACUUUCCUUUCAGAGAUACGAUGGGAGAAAAAUAUCACAUUAGGAGAACCUCCUGGGUUUUUACACUCUUGGUGGUGCGUAUUUUGGGAUUUGUACUGUGCAGCACCUGACAGACGGGAGACCUGUGAACACUCCAGUGAAGCCAAGGCGUUCCACGACUAUAGUGCAGCUGCUGCUCCCAGUCCUGUGAUGGGUAACAUGCCUCCGAAUGAUGGAAUGCCAGGAGGACCCAUGCCCCCAGGGUUUUUUCAGGGUCCUCCAGGUUCUCAGCCAUCACCUCAUGCACAACCACCUCCGCACAACCCCAAUAACCCAAUGAUGGGCCCACACAGUCAGCCAUUUAUGUCACCUCGGUAUCCUGGUGGCCCUCGACCUUCCCUAAGAAUGCCAAAUCAGCCUCCUGUAGGAGUCCCAGGUUCACAGCCCCUGUUGCCAAACUCCAUGGACCCCACACGGCCACAAGGACAUCCAAACAUGGGCGGACCCAUGCAAAGAAUGAACCCACCACGAGGCAUGGCAGGCAUGGGACCUCAGAACUACGGCAGUGGAAUGAGACCACCUCCAAAUUCCUUAGGUGGACCUGGAAUGCCUGGAAUGAACAUGGGCCCAGGAGGGAGAGGUCCAUGGCCGAACCCCAAUGCUAAUUCGAUAGCAUAUUCAUCAUCUUCACCUGGAAACUAUGUGGGUCCUCCAGGUGGCGGAGGACCACCUGGCACACCUAUAAUGCCCAGUCCAGGAGACUCUACAAACUCCAGUGAGAACAUGUACACAAUGAUGAAUCCCAUAGGACCUGGCGGAAGCAGGCCAAAUUUCCCAAUGGGCCCUGGUCCUGAUGGCCCAAUGGGAGGAAUGGGUGCAAUGGAACCUCAUCAUAUGAAUGGAUCGUUAGGCUCUGGAGAUAUGGAUGUGUUGCCAAAGAAUUCUCCGAAUAACAUGGCAGGGAUGAAUAAUCCUCCCGGAACGCCUCGUGAUGAUGGAGAGAUGGCCGGGAAUUUCUUAAACCCCUUCCAAAGCGAAAGCUACUCACCCAGCAUGACCAUGAGUGUGUGAUCCUCGUAUACACCAGUGCAUUGAGCCUCUCAAGCGGAGAACUGUCCAAGCAGUGAGGAUUACAAAUUAGUACAUUGUAUAUUUAAACGCAGGAAGGUUCACACCCUACAGGCUCCUCUGCAGACACUAAAAGAUCCUUACAGAGCAAAUGAACUGUAUCUCUGCAACGACUUGACCUAUGAAACAGUGGUGUUGAAGAAGGACAUUUCAGCCACAACCUUGUGAAGUUUCUUCUUGCUCUUCUGCCAAAUCCCAGCUUGCAAAGAAUAGAGAUAUUUCCACAACUAGUGAAGCUGAGGUUCCGCUUUCAGCUAAGUAAUUCGAGUAACUAUCAACUCAUAUAACUGAAACAAAUCAAGAAUUAUAGCUCGGCUUCAAAGGACGAGUAUAGGGAGACUUCAACACUACCAUGAAACGUGGGAUUCUUUUGUGCCAGGAAACAAAGAUCUUCUGACAUUGAAGAGUUUAAAACCUAUAUCUGUGCAAGUUUCUGAUUUUAUUUAUUAGAUGUCUUUUUACUUUCUGGAUCAUAUGGAGACCCAAACUCCUGUUGUCUUACCUCCAUUGCAGUGAACAUAAUAUACUGCAGCCCCCCCCCCCCCCCCCCCCAAAAAAAAGUCUCUAACUGCAAAGUGUGUCAUGCAAUAUCCAUUCAGACUCAUAAGCCAACUGGCGACAGAACAGUAUUGAAAGCCCCUGAUCGUUGUCCACAUUACUUCUUUCUCCUGGAGAGUACUCUCUGAAGACAAAUUGAAAUGAAUAUGAUUCCGAAAAUAUUUUUUAAUUAGUAUGUACAACAUGGGCCUUCUAUAUAUAAAAAAGAAAAUACAUAGAGGAAUAUAAAGAAAGCAGAAGCAUAAUUAAUAGUGGACAAUGUUGUAACCCAUAGUAAUCAAGCAGAUUAUACAUUCUAAUAUCACUAUACAGCUUAUAGCUGCCAGCCUACCAAACUACAGUUAGGUCACUGUGCCCAAACACAUUCUAAUGACAAGUGUCUGUGUAUUCUCCUGUACCGCCCUCUGCAUACCACUGGGAUGAUAAAUAAUAGUUAGGAAACAAGUAACUGCAUCUGUGGUAAACUCAGUUGAAUUAAAUAUUUUUGAAGGCUAUGUCUACCUUUGCAACAGAUGAAAGAAUGUAAUUAAUGACUGCAGAAUCAGACUACAUACAGGUUUGUGGUUAUGUGUGGAGACACAUAUGUCUGCAUAGGAGCUGUCGACAUGAAACUGUAAAUGAUUUAAGACAAUUAGAAAAGUUUUUUUUUUUCAGUUUUAAUUGUAUAUGCAUUGGAGCAAUUAAAGGAUUGGUUGCAAAGGUUGACAUAGACUAUAAAAUCAUUUGACACAAAGGCAGCUGAUAAAACAAUAUACACAAACCAACAUGUAAAUACUGCAAUAAAUAAUAUCCCGCUGUCUCAGAAUACUCGGCAAUCCCUUUGUAAUUGGGGCACAUCCUAUGGAAAUACACAAUGUAUAUUAUAACAGCUUGGGCCUAAUGAAUGAAAAUCUUGAAACCCAGCAUUUCAAUGAAAGUAGUUCUUCUAUGAAUAAAUAUACCAGAUCAUAUUCAAGAGCUAAAGAUCGGGUAGCUAAUGCUAUCCUUCUUCCUAUGUAUAUAUGAAGCAAUAUCCUAUAGGCCAGUACACAGUUGUAGAAAUGAAGAUGGUGAUUUAUCAAACUGGUGUGUAAAAUAGAACUGGCUUAGUUGCCCAUAGCAACCAAUUAACUUCCACCUUUCAUUUUCCAAAGGAGCUGUCAAAAAUGAAAGGUGGAAUCUGAUUGGUUGCUAUGGGCUACUAAGCCAGUUCUACUUUACACCAGUUUGAUAAAUGACCCCAAUAUCUUUGGCAUAAGGUGUAUGCUAAAGAGAAAACCAGUUCAAUAUAGAGAACAUGUCAGAUUAAAUACAAAGCAGGGAGUAAGUUGACAUGUAUUGCUGUAUUUCAUUGUAAAUGUCCAUGUGUUUUAAAGUCAGGUUAGGAGAAUUGGCUGCAAUGAAGCACUGGACAAUGUUAUGUGAGGUUCCUGUAAUAGCCAUGUAUGUGUCUUCCAAUCAGUAAGGUCCAUCUGUGUUGGUCCAUGAGCAUCAUAAGUAAGUCUUAUACAUCUGGAGCUAUUGUUUGAAGCCCAUUGUUAUGUAGGCACCUCAUCCAUUCUGUGAUGUUUGGAUCAGUAAAAAGACCCUCUACACAAGCAGAUGCAUCUUUUAGAGCCUGUCCUAAUCUGGCACUUUAAAGACAGCGCACAGAAAAAUGGAUAGAUAUCGGAAUUGAUGAGGUCAUAUUCAUCCUAUUCUUUGUAUUCUCUCUCUCUCUCUCACUCACUCUCUAAAAACACAAUUAGAAUGAGAAACUAAAGAUGGUCACCUGGGUUUACAUUGGGGAAAUACAUAGAUAAUGAUCAGGGAUAGAUUAUUGGAAGGGCAAAUGACGCAGUUGCCCAUGGUCCUCUACCAUCUGUGCUAUGAGUGAACUUCCAUAAAAAAAACAUUCAAACAAAUGAAAGUUCACUGUCUUCUAGGGACAACGGGCCACCAUAAUCUACAUACUGAGAGUGUGAAAGUAUGCCAACAGUAUCAUGACAUAAAAAUAAAUGUCAUUUUUGUUUCAGAAGAUGGGAAGAUAUUUUGCCCAGAGGCAUUCUCCAACACUGAUUCAGUCAUAGUAGUGGUUCAUUCUUGCAUAUUUGCACAGCAAAUCCUUUGGGAUGGGACUACAUGGUGCUUUUCUGUCUACAGUAAUGUACAGUAAUAACUCCAGCACACAGUCAUAUUUCAUCAACUCUGUGUGUUUAAUAAACCAUCUCCUUGAAUGGUGUCCUUUUUGCAUUUUAAUAGAAUUUAACCAAAUCCAAAUUUAGCCAGGAGACCUUUCUGACACACCAGAUAGCGGAGCAUGCUUGGAGAAUUUUCCUGUCAGAUCAACAUGCCACCUAUGCUGAUUAACCUGACAGUUCUACAAUUGGUCAUCCAGAUAUAUGCGCAUGAAUAUAUAUAUCUUACAUAUUUGAAAUCCACUUUCAUACAUGGAACCCUUUUAUGACUCUUAAAUGGGAGGAGACUAUUUAGGUCUGGAAUACUACUGUGAAAUAUUAAACCGGGCUUGUGAACCUCUUCAAGGCAACAGCACAGACUAAAGCCGAGCUAAUGAAGUAACUGUAAAUAUACUUCACGGGGGAGCUUUUUACUUCCUCCCUCUUGGAGCCUGCAGGGGUUAGGGUUGUUGGAAGGGCAAAUAUGAACUGUCUCUUACAUAAUAGAUGACACAUUUUAACUUUCUUAUGAAGGAUUUUUUUUUAU